AUGCUGACCUCAGUCGCCCGGAAGACGCUGAUGGCCCUGACGGGAUUGUUCCUGUGUGUUUUCUUGGCUGUCCACUUGCUGGGAAACCUGCAAUUGUUCCUGCCGCAAUCGAAAGCGCAGCACCAGUUCAACUGGUAUGCCGGCUUCUUGUCGGAAUUACCCGUCAUUGAGAUUGCGGCGUACCUCACCUACGUUUCCAUACUGGCUCAUUCGAUCAUUGCCGCCGUCCUCGCAGUUCGCAAUCGGCGGUCGAUCGGCGAGGGUUAUCGCGCCCAGACACCCGAGAAGUUGGCACCGUGGUACUCACGGUUCAUGGGAGUGCUGGGAACAAUCAUUCUGCUGUUUCUGAUCGUGCAUCUGAGCGACUUCUGGUUCCCGUUCAAGACGGGGGCCGACAUUGGAGUGGACAGUGAGGGGCACCGUGACCUGUUCGGACUCGUCGUCACGGAGUUCCAGAAAGGCUGGAAGGUCAUUUUGUAUGUGGUGGGUGUGCUUGCUGUCGGCUUCCACCUUGCCCACGGCUUUUACAGUGGUUUUCGCUCACUGGGCCUGUCACUUCCGGGAUAUGCCCGCUGGGUGCGGCGGUUUGGAUACGCGUUUGCCAUCGGUGUGACGGCCGUCAACGAUGGCGACAGCGCUGGAAGCAGCAAAGAGACGCUUGCGAUGAGUCACGGACACAUCUCGCUAGACGCCAAGAUCCCUGACGGCCCUAUUGAGAAUAAGUGGAGUGAGUAUCAGGCACGGUGCCGGCUCGUCAACAAGGCCAAUCGUCCGCACCUACAGAUCAUCGUCAUCGGCACGGGGCUUGCCGGUGGAGGUGCUGCCGCCGCGCUCGGAGAGCUGGGAUACAGCGUAAAGGCAUUCUCGUUUCAUGACAGCCCGCGUCGCGCGCAUUCCGUGGCUGCCCAAGGCGGGGUAAAUGCAGCCAAAAACUACCAGAACGAUGGUGACAACGUCUACCGGAUGUUCUACGACACGGUCAAAGGGGGCGACUUUCGCUCUCGAGAGGCAAACGUCUUCCGCAUGGCCGAAUUAUCGGUCGACCUGAUCGAUACGUGCGUCGCUCAGGGCGUCCCGUUCGCGAGGGAAUAUGGUGGCGUGCUCGGGAACCGAUCCUUCGGAGGCGUGCAGGUCGAGCGGACGUUUUACGCUCAAGGUCAGACCGGCCAACAACUCCUUCUCGGGACGUACGCCGCCCUCAACCGGCAGAUCAAGGCAGGUCGCGUCGAGAUGUUCAACCGCCACGAAUUGUUGGACGUUGUCGUAAUCGACGGUCGGGCCGCCGGAGUGAUUGUCCGGGAUCUGGUGACGGGGGAAAUCCAACGCCAUUCUGCACAUGCGGUCGUUCUCGCGACAGGCGGGUACGCCAAGAUCUAUUACCUUUCGACGCUGGCGAUGGGCAGCAACGCGACGGCGAUUUGGAAGGCCCACAAGCGAGGCGCACUCAUGGCCAAUCCGAGCUUAGUGCAGGUGCACCCGACGAGCCUACCACCACUCGGAAAGCACCAAUCGAAACUCACGUUGAUGUCCGAAUCGCUGCGCAAUGACGGCCGCAUCUGGGUUCCGGCCCGGCCGGGGGACAACCGUCCUCCGGGUGAGAUCGCCGAUGCAGAACGUGAUUAUUACCUCGAACGCCGGUAUCCGGCAUUCGGCAAUUUGACGCCGCGCGACAUCGCCUCACGAGCUGCAAAGGAACGUAUCGACGCUGGUCACGGUGUCGGCCCUCUCAAGAACGCCGUAUAUCUCGACUUUCGCGAUGCGAUCGAAAAGCACGGACGGGAUGUCAUCGCCUCGCGGUACGGCAACCUGUUUGACAUGUAUGAGAAAAUCACCGGAAUCAACGCCUACGAUGAGCCGAUGAAGAUCGCCCCGGCAGCGCAUUUCUCGAUGGGUGGGCUCUGGGUCGAUUACGAACUCAUGACUACGAUUACAGGGCUGUACGCUCUCGGUGAAUGCAACUUUGCAGACCACGGUGCCAAUCGACUCGGCGCAAACUCACUGUUGCAGGCGUGCGUCGACGGUUACUUCGUACUUCCUUGUACGAUCGGCAACUAUCUGGCAAACGAUAUCAGCCAGCCUCCUCCUGCGACGGAUCGAAUGGAGUUCGACACAGCCGUGCAGGCUGCCGAAGAGUCAAUUCGGCAGUUGCUGUCCAUUCAGGGAUCCCGAUCGGUAGACGAAUUCCACCGUGAGCUCGGCACUAUCCUGACGGAUCGCUGCGGCAUCAUCCGCUCUGCUGACGGACUCAAAUCAGCGAUCCGCGACAUCCAGCAGCUGCGAUCUGAGUUUCAUGAGGAUGUUCUCGUUCCGGGCGGUAGUAUGGCACCCAACAGCGAAUUGGAAAAGGCACUGCGGGUACAGGACUAUCUUGAACUGGGCGAGUUGAUGUGCCGCGAUGCACUCGAUCGGGAUGAAUCGUGCGGCAUGCACUUCCGUGUGGAGCAUCAGUCCGAUGACGGCGAAGCUCUUCGUGACGACGAGAACUUCGCCCAUGUGGCUGCCUGGGAACAUUGCUCAACCGGUGAUCCCGUUUGUCAUCGAGAACUGCUGGCAUUCGAGUUCAUGAAGAUCACGUUUCGCAUCUGGCUACAGGACAGCCCUGAAGCAGCAGGUGGCUUCUGGACGCACGUCGCCGAGGACAUCGAAUCGGACAUGUCGUUUCUCGAAGCUCUGGACCAUGUCAACGGUCAGCGGAUCGCCGAAGGUCAACGGGCCAUUGAAUUCGACCACGACUGCCGUGAGGGAAUCUGUGGAACAUGUGGUGUGGUGAUCAACGGGACGCCGCACGGACCGCUUCGCGCCACAACGACUUGCCAGCUGCAUAUGCGAUCGUUCUCCGACGGCGAUACAAUCACGGUCGAACCGUUCCGGGCGAGAUCUUUUCCAGUCGUAAGAGACCUGAAGGUCGAUCGCUCAUCGCUGGAUCGCAUUUCCCAGUCGGGUGGAUUCAUCUCGACGAAUAUCCGCACGGCUCCGGAGGCCAACUCGAUUCUCAUUGCGCGCGAGGCUGCUGCUGCAGCCUUUGUUGCGGCCAGUUGUAUCGGCUGCGGCGCUUGUGUGGCGAGUUGCAAGAACGCUGCGGCUUCUCUGUUCACAUCAGCCAAGGUCGCUCACCUCAGUCAUUUGCCUCAAGGCCGAGUGGAAGCGACCAAGCGUGUCAUCAAUAUGGUGCAGGCGAUGGAUGACGAAGGCUUCGGCAGUUGCACCAAUACAGAGGCUUGUGAAGCGGUCUGCCCUCAAGAGAUCUCCACAGACCAUAUUGCCCGAAUGAACUGGGAGUACAACUGGGCACGCCUCAAGACGCUGGGUGGCGGUCGAUCCACCGCCCGCAUGUCGUUGGUUUGCCAAGUCAGCGAGGUUGCAUCGUCUCGUGCGGGUGAGGAUUCCGCUAAACUGAAAGAGAAUGCAGGGUACGGGAUCGCGAAUCGAUCUAUUGGUCUGCCGAAGGCGAAAACCCAACUGCAAGAUCGCACCAACCUCAUUUGUUCUCCACACCGCACCGACGAAGUCUCGGUCGAGUAUGCCCGCAUCAUGUCUCGGGUGAAAUGGACCCCGGUGGCAGACGGCAUGCCAAUGCGGGGCGGGCAUUUCGCAGCAGGUGUUAUGAAGGUCUUUACGCAUGUGAGCGAGGAGACCGAGAUGACGACGAAGCGACGUAAGCGGCAUACGCCGGAGCAGAUUGUUCGUAAGUUGCGAGACGCGGACGCGAUGCUCAAUGCUGGGAAGGACCAGGCUGCUGUAUUGCAGGCCCUGGAAGUGAGCGAAGCCACGUAUCUGCGUUGGCGAAACCAGUACGGUGGGAUGAAGGCCGAGGAGGCGAAGCGGCUGAAGCAACUGGAAGACGAGAACAGGCGGCUGAAGGAGUUAGUGGCCGAGAAAGAACUCGACAUCAAGAUGCUGAAGCAUAUCGCGGUGUUCGCAGUUUCCGAGCGAAGGGCGUGUCAGGUGACUGAUCAGCCACGCAGCUCUCAGCGUUACCAGCCGCAGUCUCGUGAUGACGAAGCGGCUUUGGUGAAGCGGAUGCGUGAACUGGCCGCCGCUCGACCGCGUUUCGGUUAUCGUCGGAUUGCCGUGCUAUUGCGUCGCGAAGACUGGGAGGCCAGCAACACGCGGGUGCUGCGGCUAUGGCGUCGCGAAGGGCUGAAAGUGCCACAGAAACGCCGUAAGAAACGCUACUUGGGCGACAGCAGCCAAGCCUGUCACAUUCAGCGAGCCGAACAUAAAGACCACGUGUGGUGUUGGGACUUUGUGUUCGAUCGCACGGAGGCCGGCAGCCCGUUGAAGUGGCUAUCGAUCGUCGACGAGUACACGCGGGAGUGUUUGGCUUUGAAAGUCGACCGCAGCAUCACCAGCGAAGAUGUGAUCGACUCGUUGGCCGAGCUGUUCGCGAUGCGGGGCGUGCCCGGUGCGAUUCGCUCGGACAACGGCCCGGAGUUUGUAGCUGGUGCAAUCCGGCGAUGGCUAAAGCAAGUCGAUGUCGAAACGCACUACGUCGCGCCGGGCAGUCCAUGGGAGAAUGGUUACGCGGAGAGCUUUCACAGUCGGCUUCGCGAUGAGUUCUUGGAGAUGGAAAUGUUCGAGAGUUUGGCCGCGGCACGGAAGCUGACCACGGCCUGGAGAAAGGAUUACAACGACGUGAGGCCGCACAGUUCGCUGGGGUAUGCCACCCCGUCCGAAUUCGCGACCCGCUGUGUCUGUUCUUCCUACACCAGUUGUGCCCUGCAGUGCGGCAUUUGGUAUGUCAGCAAGGUGCAUGGACCAGGCGCUCGCGAAGGCGUUGUGAUUGUGGAGCCGCCGUUGGCAGAAGCCGCUCAAAGUGGCGACAUCAUCUACACUCCACCGGCCAAGAAGAACGGGGGUUCGCAUGUGGAGCUGGUAACGGAAGUCGUCCGAAACGAGGCCGGCAAGGUGACGCAUGUCCGGAUUGAGGAAAGUCGACCCCAAACGACUAGCAACAGGCUACGGAGCGCUGAAGAAUUCGAAGCGCAACUCGCAUCCAGAAAUCGACUGUUGUAUCGCAUAAUCGAUCACGAUGCCUGGCGAGGGCACAACAAAGCGGAAUCGUUUCUGUUCCCGAACUACGAGGAUGAUUCGGCAACCCCGCGAAUCAAUCGCGCGUUGCUCCUCGAUCGCGGCGACUGGGUUCCGUAUCACAACGGGCAACCCGUGAAGAUCAACAUCAUGGACCGUGACAAUCGCGGGAUUCAAACGCUGGUUAUCAAACGAGACGGCGAAACUGUGGAAGAGAUCGAGCACAUAGAUAAAGGUGUCUUAGAACGCAGCUUUGAUACAUGCGGCGAUUACACUGCACACUGCGUGAUGAAAGAUGGAUCGCUGAGCCAAGCGUGCGAGUUCGCAGUCUGCGAACUCGACUUCGACCAUCUAUCCAAAGCAGUUCCACGGGGUAGGGAAUGGGAAAUCACAUUCACGUCCGAGAACAUGGAUGCGAUCAUCCUCUAUUUCAAGAACCUGGCCGAUGGUUCCGAUGAGCACAACGUGUUCAUCACUGAAGAAGACCGUAAAACCGGAAAGGUGGCCAUUCCUGCCAGCGUGACUCACAACGCUAGCAACAUGCAGGUAUGGCUGGUCGGAGAGAAUCAGUACGGGCGGCUUAAACAACGCCAGGAUAUUCGUGUGACCAAUUGA